CGUGGUCAGGGCUUCCGCUCCUCCCACAGGUCUUGUCCGCGGUACUGAGGGAUGGUAGAUGCUAGAAUCAAGUGGGCUAAGGGACCUUUUCCGUAAGGGGGAGGAAUUACGACGCAAGGGGGAGGAGCUAGGCCAGCGGGAUAGUUCCUCUACUAUCCACGCCACCAACUAUUACCUUUAGUAAUUAGGUGGUGAGCGAAGCGAGCCACCGUGCCCGAAGCGUGGCGAGCGUACUUUUCGGGUACCCUGUUCGCCCGUAGCUCCUCCCCCUGGUGGCGUAGCUCCUCCCCUCAAUACGUCACAAGGUCCCUUCAGCCACUCCGAUAUAGAACCAACCGCACUGGGGGAUGCUGGUGGAACGCAAAAGCGGGAAGUGACGUGUACAGGAAACAAAGGAGACAUUGCUGCUACUGGCAGCAGCUGGUGACAUAAAAGUCUGCAGGAGACACCCCGCCCAUAAUCACAAAGAGUAUGGUGGACAAAUACAGGAGUCACACUGAGAGCAUAUUAAAUCUCACCCUGGAGAUCAUCUACCUGCUGACUGGGGAGGAUUACACAGUAGUGAGGAAGAUAUCUGGUGAGGGUGAGACAUCCUGCUGCGGUCACAGUGUGUCAGGAGGACUGAGCAGGACCCAGAGCCUCAUCACGGUGCCUCUACCUCACUCACUGAUACAUGAGAGGCACAAUGACCAGAAGAUCCUGGAACUCACCAACAAGAUCAUUCAGCUGCUGACUGGAGAGGUUCCUAUAAGGUGUGAGGAUGUCACUGUCUCUUUCUCCAUGGAGGAGUGGGAGUAUAUAGAGGAACACAGGGGUCUGUACAAGGACGUGAUGAUGGAGAAUCACCAGCCCCUCACAUCACUGGAUGGGGCCAGUAACAGGAAUACCCCAGAGAGAUGUCCCCGUCCUCUUUAUCCACAGGAUUCUACAGAGGAGAGUCCCAGUGUCCUACAGGAGGGUCAGGGUGAAGACCUGAAUGAAAGUAAAAUAGAUGACACAGAAGAAGAGACGUAUGUGGGUGAUCAGCUGUGUAAUGAGGAGGAAAUCCCCACAGGUAUCGGCACAGAAUUUGGACCAUAUAGUAGGACGACCCCAGAGGAACAUCUCUUUCUAUCUCCAGAUUGUGAAAAAGAACAUAAUGACAUCACACAGGAUUCUCCAGGGGAAAUCCCCAAUAAACCUCUCAGAACUGAACCAUCAUCUGAUCCCUCUAAUCAUGAGAAAUGUCCUCCUGAUGAGUUGGGUGAUGUUGCACACUGUACAGCUCUGAGGGAUGAUGCAAUACUACCCUGUUUGGAAUGUGGUAAAUGUUUUAGUCAGAAUACAGAAUGUACAUUGCAUCAGAGAACUGCCAGAAGUAGGAAACCUUUAUUAUGUUCUGAGCGUGGGAAAUCGUUUACGCAGAUGUCAAAGCUAAUUACAAAUACCAUAAGUCAUUCAGAGAAGAAGCAGUUUACAUGUUCAGAGUGCGGGAAAUGUUUUACAAAGAAAUCUGAUUUUGUUACCCAUCAGGUAAUUCACACGGGGGAUGAACCUUUCCCGUGUUCUGAGUGUGAGAAAUGUUUUACACAGAAAACAGACCUCAUUAAACACUGGAGGGUACACACAGCUGGGAAACCAAUUAUUUGCUCUGAGUGCGGAAAAUGCUUUACGAGGACGUCUGAUUUUGUCAGACACCAGUGGAUUCACACUGGCCAGAGACCGUUUCCGUGCCCGGCCUGUGGCAAGCGAUUUGCGUAUAAAACAGUUCUCGUUAAUCAUCAGAGAACUCACACAGGGGAGAAACCAUUUCCGUGCUCGAAGUGCGGGAAAUGUUUUACACAGAGAACCCAUCUUGUUACACAUCAGAGGACCCACACGGGUGAGAAGCCGUACCUGUGCUCUGAGUGUGGGGAAUGUUUUUCAUACAAACUAGCUCUUGUUAAGCAUCAGAGGAGUCACGCGGGUUAGAGGCGGUUUCUGGGUUGUGAGGGCGGGAAAUGUUUUACACAGAAAUCUGAUUUAGUAAGACUGGGUGCGGCACAAAGGUUGAAAGUCAUUUCCCAUUGAUUUGGUUUAGGACUUUAAGCAGACGAAAAGCCGAUGAUAUAUAUUUUACUUUUAAAGCAUUUUGUCCAAUGAACAAACCUCAUUGAUUAUAGCACUGUCUCUCUACCUCCUCCUCUUUCUCUCCCCCUUCCCCUCCUCUCUCUCUCUCUCUCUCUCUUCCUCUCUACUUCUUGGUAUCUCUCUAUCACUGAAUUUACUAUUGUUAAUAGUAUGUUUUUCUUUCUGUUAAAAAACAAAAUAAUUGAAAAUUGUAAUAUUGUUUUACUGGUCAUGUAUUUGUAGUUCUUUGGAAACAGGACUACCUACACACAUUUCAUGUAAAUAUAAAUGUUUUUAUUUUUUUUCCGUUA